AUGUACGUCUUUUCAGUCUAUCACACACACACACACAGUGAUCUCACCCUGGAUCCAAACACAGCACACACUCAACUCAUCCUCUCUAAUGGGAACAGAAAGGCAACAUACGUCAAAAAUCAUCAGCUGUAUCCUGAUCAUCCAGACAGAUUUGAGCACCAUGAGCAGGUUCUGAGUCAAGACAGUUUGACUCGACGCUGUUACUGGGAGGUUGAAUGGAGCGGAUGGGCUUAUAUAGCAGUGACAUAUAAAGGAAUCAACAGGAAAGGAGGAAGUGAAUCUUGGUUUGGGUACAAUAACAAAUCCUGGAGUCUGUACUGCACUGAAAACAGAUAUUCUGCCUGGCAUGAUAAUAAGAAAAUUGACAUGCCAGCCCCUUCAUCCUCUAAUAGAGUAGGAGUGUAUGUUGAUGUGUCGGCUGGCACUCUGUCAUACUUCAGCGUCUCUGACACACACAGACUCACACACUUACACACAUCCAACACCACAUUCACUGAACCUCUCUAUGCUGGGUUCAGGGUUUUUAAUUCCUCAUUGUCUCUGUGUCAGUUUAAAUAAUCUGUUGUGGAAACAACUG